UCACCGUCUCUGCCAGGGUCGCGGUAGACAGGAUGAUCAGGAUACAGUGGAGAGCUGGCAUCGGGCGGGUAUUUAUGAAGACGCUGCUUUAGCCAGCUGGCAGCUCCAGGAGCGACAGAGAGAGACCUCCAGCUCCCUUCCCUCCCCUCCCGGCGGCAACAAAUCCAAAAUUUGGUGGGACUGAGGUUGAAAUGGAUCCUGUGCCCGCCUCCCAGAGCGUCCCACAAAGAUCCCUGGAGUUUGAAAACCAAGCUGCUUUUACUGCGGUGAGGGGACUGAGGCCGGGAGAGCUGUACUACUUGCCUGGGUAAAGCCUCACCUCCCCAGGAAAGGGGCUGUCUCUCCCUCUCCCCCCGCCCUCGCUUCAACACUUCAGGCCAGUCUCGCUGCUGGUGUGGCUGGCUUUGGGAUUGCAGGUGCGCCUGGCGAUGGCACGGAGCUGUGAGCUGCCAACCCCGGACUGGCGAAGCGACAGUGCCAGAGCCACUGCCCGACCCUGUGCCCUGUGAAUGUGGGAGCCCGGCGAAUUGUCAGAAGGACUAACUCCCGGUGAAUCCCAGUUUCCGACAGUUAAACAUCGCCGGCAAAUGGAGCGCAAGAAAUUCCGCAAAUGUCUUCCCCAGAUCGACCCGUCCAGCGCCCUCUGGUCCCUAUUGCUGCACCUCUUCUUCCUGCGAGGAAUUCAAGCGGGUCAUAUUGACUACACUGGUCCCUGUUAUGGACGAGAUUGUUCGGUUUGCCAAUGUUUCCCUGCUAAAGGAGCCCAGGGACAGCCAGGCUUACUAGGGAGACACGGUCCACCAGGUUCCCCUGGACUUCAAGGCCCGCUAGGUCCACCUGGAGCGAAAGGACAAAGGGGAGAUCAUGGCCUGCCUGGAUUUCCUGGAAUUAAAGGAGAUGGAGGUGCUACUGGUGUUCCUGGCUUUCCAGGAUUAGACGGAAUUCCGGGUUUACCAGGGCUGCAGGGCCCAAGGGGUCCUCCUGGAUUGGAUGGUUGCAAUGGAACUCAAGGAAACACUGGCCUUCCAGGGAGUGGGGGAUAUCCAGGAAGACCCGGCUUGCCGGGAAUACCAGGACCAAAAGGGCCAAAAGGAGAUUCCAUAACUGCUACCUUUCCUUUGAUGGGUCCCCCGGGAGACCAAGGAUUCCAAGGCCUAAGUGGCUUUCCUGGUCUUCCAGGAGCUUCAGGUCUCCCAGGUUUCGCAGGACCAAGAGGCCCACCAGGUUUUCCAGGUUCUCCUGGUUUACAAGGGUUACCUGGUGACCAGGGCAUUGGAUUUCCAGGACAAAAAGGCGAGAAGGGAGAACAAGGUGACCCAGGACACAUUGAACUCAUUGAACCUCAGGAAGAAAUUUUCUAUAAAGGAGAUCAGGGUGAGAAAGGCCCUCUAGGGCCUCCUGGAUCGAUUGGAUUUCCUGGACCUUCAGCUUACCCCACAGCUCCUGGUGAAAAGGGUGAAAAGGGCGUUAUUGGUUUUCCUGGCAAUCGGGGUGAUCCUGGGAACGACGGCUUUGCAGGUGCUCCAGGAAGAAAGGGACAACAUGGGCCCAGGGGUUGGCCUGGUACUGAUGGCUCUCCAGGGACAAAGGGUAACAGAGGUGACCCAGGACCUGCUGGACCCCCAGGACCUCCGCUAACAUCCUGUGACUCUCAGAAAGGAGAUAUAGGUAGACGAGGCUUACCAGGCAGUAUCGGUGAACGGGGAGUCCCAGGACCCCCUGGUCAACAAGGCAGACCAGGUGUGACUGGACCAGGUUUACCAGGUCUUCCAGGGUUUCUGGGUUUUGAUGGUCCGAAAGGAGAGAAAGGACAGAAAGGCAGUGCUGACUGUCCAUUACCAAACAUCAUCCCAGGCCCUCGAGGGCUCAUGGGUUCACCAGGCCCUCGAGGUCUCCCAGGUGUCAAAGGCAGCCCAGGUUUCAUUUGUGAACCAACGGGAUUCCCAGGGUUACCAGGUCCAAAAGGUAACCAGGGAGCUCCGGGUCAAAAAGGAGUCCAUGGUUUAAAAGGAGAUUCAGGGGACUGUGCCUGUAUUCCGGGUUUUCCAGGACCCCCAGGAAAUCCAGGUAGGCCAGGCAUUCCCGGAAAUCCUGGAAAUCCAGGAAGAAAGGGAGAGCAGGGUGACCAUGGACCAUCUGGAUCAGCUGGAUUGCCAGGACUUCCUGGAUCUCCUGGAAGGCAAGGCCCUCCUGGUGCAAAGGGACAGAAAGGAAUAUCAUCACAGGUUGCAAAGAAAGGAGAGAAAGGAAAUCGAGGUAAUACAGGACCUCCGGGUGUUGUUGGAAGAGCCGGAGAACCUGGUCAAUAUGGAAUUCCAGGAUCUAUUGGCUUCCCAGGAAUGCCAGGUGAACCAAUGUGUGGAUCUCGAGGGGAGAAAGGUUUCCAGGGCCAUGCAGGGUCUACUGCACUGCCAGGACCACUGGGACCCCCAGGUGUGGGUUACCCUGGUCUGAAAGGACAAAGUGGCCCUGUUGGAGAUCAAGGGUUUACAGGCGAACAGGGUUCAAAAGGCCAAAAAGGCCGGAAAGGUGAUUCUUCAUGCCCAAGAGUCCAAGGAGGACUGGGUCCAAAAGGAUUGCCAGGGCUACCAGGGCCAAAAGGUUUUCCAGGAAACCCUGGCAGACCAGGAAAUAUCGGCUUUGAUGGGAUCAAAGGCCUAAAAGGAGAAGCAGGCCUUUCAUUGUAUGAAGGGGCAACAGGUUUUCAAGGCUUGACUGGUGACCCAGGUCCUCGAGGACCUCCUGGACCAACAGAGAGUGGAGGUCCAGGCUCUCUGGGUGCCCCUGGUAUUCCAGGAGAAAAAGGUCCACCUGGUGAUUCGUACGCUGGCCCUCCAGGGACUCCUGGACCUCUUGGAAGAAGAGGAUCAUUAGGUGCAGUAGGAGAUAUUGGAAAUCCAGGACCACCAGGAAGGCAAGGAUGCGAUGGAGUUCCAGGAUUCCCAGGAUUGAAAGGGCUACAAGGCAGUCAAGGCCCAAAUGGACAGACAGGGCCUCCUGGCCCACCAGGUCUCCCUGCCGAGAAAGGGGAACUAGGUCCCAUCGGGUGCCCCGGGCUUCCUGGGAUCCGUGGACCCCCAGGCCUCUCUAUGAAAGGGUUACCAGGAAAUCCUGGAACCUUAGGCCCACCAGGGAUGAUGGGUCUUCAAGGAAUUCCUGGAAAUCCAGGUAUGCCUGGUCCAAUUGGCGUGCAGGGCCAUCCAGGCCCAGUGGGCACUAAUGGGAUCCCUGGCUUUCCUGGUCCUGCUGGCAACAAAGGGAGCCAAGGCCUUCAGGGAUAUCCAGGAGCAACAGGUCCACGUGGAUUUCCAGGAAUUUCUGGACCACCAGGACAACCAGGGAAUGAUGGAAUAAGAGGCCCUGAUGGUGAAUUUGGGUUAAAAGGAAGACAAGGAGAAGGAGGGGACCCAGGGGAAGAUUCUCCGCCUAUAAUCAUUUAUGAAAAAGGCACCUCAGGAGUCUCAGGUGGUCCUGGUGACUGUGGAUUGACAGGCCUGAGAGGUGAAAAAGGGCUGCCUGGGAACCCAGGACUCCCCGGAUUGCCUGGCAGGAUUGGUUUUCCAGGCUCCGAGAAAGGUUUUCCUGGGAUAAGGGGACCAUCGGGUCUUUCUGGACAGCAAGGGGUAAUGGGACAAAAAGGUGAACGAGGCAUUGUUGGUUUUCCAGGAAUGAAGGGGGAGAAGGGUGACACAGGACAAUCAGGGUCACCUGGACUAAAAGGUACACCUGGUUGUAAAGGAGAAAAAGGUGACAUUGGUGUUUCUAUUAGUUUGAAAGGAUUGCCUGGAAUCAAAGGGCAGGUUGGAGACCCUGGAGAACCAGGUGUUGAUGGUUUCCCAGGUCCAACUGGUCACCCUGGAAUAGAUGGAAGGCCUGGUGCUCCUGGGCCCAAAGGAAUCUGUGGUGAUCUGGGAACCCCAGGUUUCCCAGGAUACCAAGGACCUCCCGGAGAUCCAGGAAAUCCAGGACCAGUAGGGUUGCCUGGUAUACAAGGACAACCAGGAUCUGUGAGACCUCCUGGCCCACCUGGUCCCAAAGGUCAACCUGGAUCACCCGGUCUACAUGGUCUCAAUGGUUUGCCAGGACAGAAAGGAUCUUGUGGACCUCCAGGACCAAGUGAAAUAGGAUCACCUGGAUCACCAGGACCACCUGGACCGAAAGGUGAAAAGGGCUCUCCAGGAACCCCAGGAAGCUCUAGUCGGUGCCCAGUGGGUAGACAAGGACCUCAGGGACUUCAAGGUGUAUGUGGGCCACCAGGACCGCCAGGUCAAAGAGGACCAUCUUGUGAUGUAAUGUCAGCUGGACCGCCAGGAGAUGAAGGACCACCAGGUUUUGAUGGCCCACCAGCUGCUGUCCUGAAGUUACUCCCAAGGACCUCCACUGUCUUCAUCUCCCUGGUGAAGUUCUACGUUGAACAUCAGGUCCUCCUGGUUUCGCUGGUGACCCUGGGCUCCCGUGCAUACCAAUUGCAGGGGAUCCUGGAGAUUUUGGCCCAUCAGGUCAAACUGGUGUUCAAGGCCCACCUGGAGAGCAGGGCCUCUGUGGCCAACAUGGUCUUCCAGGGCCACCAGGUCCACAAGUCACCAUUCCCUGUUUUUGUUUAUUAUGAAGGUAUAAUGGGUGAACACGGCUUUCCUGGGUUCCCUGGUCUUGAUGGACCACGAGGAGUUCCAGGUGAUCAAGGUGAACAUGGCUGUGUCGGUGCACCAGGAUCUCAAGGUGACCCCACCACACUGUUCUGUGCCUGUGAUCCAGUAUCGGUUGGUGUUAUAGGCCCACCCGGUCCAGUGAUUACAGACGAUGAAAUAGAUAAAAGUAAUCUUAAAGGAGACCCAGGGCCCCCAGGACCCUCUGGCUUUCCAGGACCAUCAGGAUCAACAGGACCUACUGGCCCAUGUGGCCCUACAGGACCCAAAGGCCGAAAGGGGGAGCCUGGAAGUCCAGGGCCUGACGGUCCAUCAGGUCUCCCUGGGACUCGGGGAAACACUGGCCCACCUGGGCAUCAGGGAAUUAUUGGAGACCAAGGCCCUCCUGGGAAACCAGGCCCACCAGGAAAUCAAGGAAUAUGUCCUCCAUUCUCGGCUGGGUUCUUGAUUGUGGUUCAUAGUCAGUCACAGGAGGUACCCACAUGUCCUCAAAACAUGCCUCGUCUUUGGCAAGGAUAUAGUUUGAUUUAUCUGCAGGGCCAAGAAAAAUCUCACAAUCAAGAUCUUGGUCUGGCUGGCUCUUGCCUGCCUAUGUUCAGUACCAUGCCAUUUGCAUAUUGCAGCAUUGAUGAAGUUUGUCACUAUGCUACUAGAAAUGACAAAUCCUACUGGCUGUCUACCACCGCCCCUAUCCCCAUGUUGCCACUUGUCGAACGAGAGGUCGAACCUUACAUCAGCAGAUGCUCUGUCUGUGAAGCUCCUUCAGCUGCUGUGGCUAUACACAGCCAGGACCAGACUAUUCCCUCCUGCCCUUCAGGGUGGCUCAGCCUUUGGACUGGAUACUCAUUUCUGAUGCACACAGGAGCUGGUGCCACAGGAGGAGGUCAGACUCUAGCAUCACCUGGGAGCUGUCUGGAGGAUUUCCGCUCGACACCAUUCAUUGAGUGCCAGGGGGCUCGGGGCACCUGCCAUUACUUUACUGAUAAAUACAGCUUCUGGCUGACAACUGUGCAACCCAGCCUCCAGUUUAAAUUAAAUAUUCCUUCAGAAACUGUGAAAAUAGAGCAAUUACAAAGACAACGAGUCAGUAGGUGUCAGGUUUGCCUGAAACAAUAAAUCAUUUCACCUGCAUUGAAACUCGACAAGGAAAGCAUGUGGUAAGACUUUCAAUUAAAGGAAGACAACAAUGCAGGCCCAAUGGCUUAUGGUGCUCAUUUAGUUUCUCUCUCUAAGCAGAUCUUCAAUUUCAACCAUUUAGAAAAAGUAUAUCAGGAGAAUGUAAAAUGUACACUGGUAUGAGCAUGCUUACAAUAAUCAAUAUAUUCAAAAGUUAAAUGUAAGGAGGUUCAAUUUUAUAUGAAAUGUACAGCAACUUAAUUGAAAUUGUUGGUGCAAUUUAACUUAUGGAUCUGUAAAAUUAUUUUUUAAAAGCCGAAAUAUUUUUGUCACCUGGUCUUAGAAAGAAGUUGUAAAAUUAAGAGGAUGAAAAACCACUCGUUCAUUGUCAGAGCAUUUUACAGUGGUCUGUAAAAAAGAACCAUGUUAUUGUAACUCGCAAACUCCACGUCAAUAACUCAGACAUGUUCCAAGCAGGGGUCGUGCAAAAGCGUCUGAAAUCUGGAAGGGGUUUCAGUGUAUUGGAUUGUGACAUUUCAACAGUGCAACCUCACUGUGACAUCAUGUUUUGGUUUGACACAGUGAGCCAGUGGGUGUGCUACAGUCUGGUUUCAGUACAGAGUAAGAGUAAAGAGGACUGUAACACUCUUCCUCAGUGACAGGAGGAAGAAAUGCACUAUUGAGUUGGCGAAAGGUUGUCUGGAGAUGCCCAAGAGAUCAGUAGUAGUCUCAUUAUGCCGCGUUUCAAUACAGAGUGCUUUAUUGACUUAAUCAGCUCAGCAAAGGUGAGUUGAAAUGCAUAUUCAUCAACAUCCAGAUGUACACAUUGUCUUCCCCAGCCCCAUCUUUGCUUUGUCAAGCCUACUCCAUUAGAUAGAGCCUCACAUUCACUUUGUUUACAGGUGCCCCUAUUGUGCAGCUCUUUACAUCCCAGUUAUCCAUCCAGCACUGUCACCCAUCCUGAUUCUGAUAUGGAUUUGAUGCUACUCCCAGAUAUGCACCCUCAUUGAAUAUACUGUACCUGCUUGUGAGCCACCAGUCACUCAUGCUCCCAUUGACCAAGAGAGCAUGCAAUACUAUUAAAAAAAGGGUACACUGGGAUUUCCCAGUUGGCAGCAAUGUAAAUAUAAGGCUGUUUUGAUGUACUUUACCAUAAAACAUGGAGAAAUUGGGACUUACAGUCAGAGAGAUCUACAGCACUGAAAAAGACCCUUUGGCCUAUUGCACCCACCAUAUCAAAAACAACCAUGUAACAUUUUCCCAGCACUUGGUCCAGAGCCUUGUCUGCCUUGGCAUUGCAAGUGAUCAUCUAGAUACUUCCUAAAUGCUCUGAGUUUGUGUCUCUCCCAUCCUUACAGCCAAUGUGUUCCAGAUUCCAACCACCCUGUGGAUGGAAAAGGUUUUCCUCACGUCCCGUGUAAAACUCUGCCCUAACCUCAUGUCCCCUCUCAGUCUUCACUGUUUUAAGGAAAACAACCACAGUAUGUCCAAUCUCUCUACAUCACUGAAGCUCUCCCGUCCCAGUAAAUCUCCCUCUGCCCCCUUUCCAGUGCAAACACAUCCCUCCUAUAAUGUGGAUUCUAGAACUGCACACAAUACUCUACCUGUGGUCUAACAUUUUACACAGUUCUAGCUUCACCUCCCUGCUCUUAGACUCUGUGCCUCAGCUAAUAAAGGAAAUAUCGCAUAUGCCUUCUUAACCACUUUAUCCAGCUGUGCUACUGCCUUAAGGGAUCGGUGCACAUAGACACUGAGGUCCCUUUGAUCCUCAGUGCUUCCCAUGGUCCUGACAUUCAUCAUGUAUUCCCUUCCCUUCUUUGUCCUGGCCAAGUAUUUAUCUGGACUGAAUUCCAUUUGCGCUGAUCAGCAUCAUCAGACCAGUCUGUUUCUAUCCUCCUGUAAUCUAAGCCUAUCCUGCUCACUAUUUACCUCAACACCAUUUCUCCUAUCAUCUGUGAACUGUAACUGAUUCACCCUCCUACAUUCCUAUGUUUGCUGAUGACACAAAGGUUGGAGGUGCCGUCAAAGACAUUGACAGUAUGCAGAGCUAGGCUGAGAAAUGGCAGAUGGAGUUCAACCUGGAUAAAUGCGAAGUGAUGCAUUUUGGGAGGUCAAACUUAAAUGCUGAAUAUAGGAUUAAAGGCAGGAUUCUCGGCAGUGUGGAGGAACAGCAGGAUCUUGGUGUUCAAGUGCAUAGCUCCCUCAAAGUUGCCACCCAGGUGGAUAAAGUUGUUAAGAAAGCAUAUGGUGUUUUGGCUUUCAUUAACAGGGGGAUCGAGUUUAAGAGCCGUGAGGUUAUGCUGCAGCUCUACAAAACCCUGGUGAGACCACACUUGGAAUAUUGUGUCCAGUUCUGGUCGCCCUAUUAUAGGAAAGAUGUGGAGGCUUUGGAGAGGGUGCAAAGGAGGUUUACCAGGAUGCUGCCUGGACUGGAGGGCUCCUCUUACGAGGAGAGGUUGACUGAGCUCAGACUUCUCUCUUUGGAGAGAAGGAGGAAGAGAGGUGACCUGAUCGAGGUGUACAAGGUAAUGAGAGGCAUGGAUAGAGUCGAUAGCCAGAGUCUUUUCCCCAGGGCAGGAUUGACUGCCACGAGGGGUCAUAGUUUUAAGGUGUUAGGAGAAAGGUAUAGAGGAGACGUCAGAGGGAGGUUCUUCACCCAGAGAGUUGUGAGCGCAUGGAAUAGUUUGCCAGUGGUAGUCGUGGAAGCGGAGUCAUUAGUGACAUUUAAGCGACUGCUGGACAUGCACAUGGACAGCAGUGAAUUGAGGGGAAUGUAGGUUAGGUUAUUUUAUUUUUGGAUUAGGAUUAUUCCAUGGCACAACAUCGUGGGCCGAAGGGCCUGUACUGUGCUGUACUUUUCUAUGUUCUAUGUUGUACAUUCAAGUCUAAAUUGCCUACAUAAACCAUGAGCAGCAUGAGCCCCAACACUGACCCCACUGGACAUGGACCCCCAGUCGGAAAAAUGCCCCUCCACCAUCACCCUCUGCUUCCUGCCACUCGACCAACUGUGGAUCCAAUCUGUGAGAUUCUCUUGGAUCCUGUCGGCUCUUACCUUCACUAUCAGUCCCCCAUGAGGGACCUUAUUAAAAGCCUUGCUGAAUUCCAAGUUGGUUACAUCAAAAACAUUUCUGUCAUUUACACGCCUGGCCACCUCUUCGAAAACUUAAGUUGGUCAGACAUGACCUUCUCUUCACAAAACCAUGCUGACUGUUCUUGAUUAAUCACUGCCUUUCCAAAUGCAGAUUAGUUCUGUCCCUCAGAAUUGCUCCAGUAGUUUUCCCACCAACUGGGGCUAGACUGAUUGGCCUGUAGUUUCCUGGUUUAUUUCUUGUUCCCGUCUUGAAUGACAGUGACUGCCGUCUGGUCCUCUGACACCUUUCCCAGGUCAGAGAGGAAUUAAAAAUGAUUGUCAAUGCCUCUGGCCUGGGGUACAUUUUAUCCAGCUUCAGAGAUUUUUCUAGUUUUAAACCUGUCGGACCACUCUGAACCUUUUCUCUGUCUGUGCUAAUUUCUUUAAUUGCAUCACAGACCUGCUCCCUAAUUUCUAUAUCCACAUCAUCUCUCUCACUAGUGAACUCAACACAGAGUAUUCAUUUAGAACCCUCCCUAUACUCUCUGGUACCACAGACAGAUUACUUUAAUGGGCCCUACUCUUGAUCCCUAGUAGCCUUUAUCCCCAAUGUACUUAGGAGUUACCUUUAUUUUAUCAGCCUUUAUCCUUUCCUGCCUCCCUUUACUUUCCUAAUUUCCUUAUAAGUUCCCUCUCACACAUUCUGUACUCCUCUGGGGCUUUUGCUGUUUGAGCCCUCAGCCUCCCUUUUUUACUUUAUCCAGCCCUGUUCAUUCCUUGAUUUUGAGGAUUCACAGGACUUGUUAGUCCUGUACUCUCCCAAUUUCCUUCUUGAAUGCAUUCCACUGUUCUGAGAUGGAUUUACUUGAAAGUGUCUGCUCCCAGUCCACUCUGGACAAAUUGUAUCUGAUCUUAUUAAAAUCGAUCUUCUCCCAGUUGAAAACUUUGACUACAGGCCCAUCCUUGUCCUUUUCCAUUACAAUUUCUAAUCUAACAGGGUUAUGAUUGCUGUUGGCAAAUGCUCCCUCACUGAUACUUCACCCACUUGCCCAGUUUUGUUAUCUAAAAUUAACUCCAGGACUGCUGCCUCUCUUGUAGGGCCUUCUAUGUAUUGGCUUGAAAAGCUCUCUUGGAUGCAUUUUAAGAAUUCCGCACCGUCUAAACUUUUCACACUAUGACUACCCCAAUUAAUUCUGGGGAAAUUGAAAUCCCAUACUCAUUACCAUAUUGCUUUUACACUUCUCAGCUGCCUGGUUACAGAAUGAAAGAUCAGUAAGCCAACCAUCAGAAAGACAUUCAGUCACAUUGCAUUGAUUUCAGCACAGCAAAAAUGGAUCUUCCUCAUAAUGCUAAGUUGCAACUCUCUUUAACUGUCCAGCAGCAGAAGUGGAAUUGCUUGACCGAUGAGUCCUUAUAUGAGUUUUUUAAAUUCAUUCAUGGGAUGAGGGUGUUUUUGGCUAUGUCCACAUUCAUUGCCUAGCCCUAAGUGUCACUGACACUGCUUUGGGCCUGGGCCAUGUGAGGACAGCAGUUUCCUUACCUUUACUGAACCUGCUGGGGUUUUCCCCUGUCAAUUGACAACAGUUUUGUGGUCAUCAUUAGAUUUUUAAUUGACUUGAAAAUCCACUUGGCAAGAUUCGAAACCUGGUCCCCAGAACAUUUAUUGAGUUUCUGGAUUAUUAGAUAACAAUACCACUAGGCCAUCAUGUCCUUGCUAUGAACAUGAGCCUUGACAAGCAAUUCAUUUGUCAUUUGCCGUUGUAUUUGAGAGCAAUGAUUUGGCAGACCCUGUUCUGUUUUGGCAGUAUUUGGAGAGGAUCAGGAGGCAGAGAAAUGUUUACUGGUGAAAAUGGCCACUGGCCGCAGAAAACUGCACUUUUUUGAGACGACUGCACGUUUACACAUGACUAUAUUUGUCAGUGGAGUCGCAAACUCUGAUAAACAUUUGCCCUUUUAAGAGGUCAAGGAAACUGAACUCUUGCUGUGCACCUGGUUCUGAGGGUAUUGCCUCUCCCUGCCACUGUCCUACCAUAGAUCCCCUCUUUGCUGAACCCUUGCAGCUCAGCCCCCAGCCCCCUCCUGAUCCAUCCUGAUUCUCCAAAAAUUCAGAAACCUCCAAAUUGCCCACAAAUAAGCAUGUCAACACAAGGACGCUCAACAAAUCCUUUCCCAGAACUGGGCACAAAAGCAGGGCGAACAUUGAAAUAACACAAAGGGCUGUGGGUGAUGGAGAUCUGUAACAAAGUCAAAAGCUCAGCUUGUCUGGUGCCAUCUGUGGUGAGGGCAACUGAGUUAUUGAUUGAUUUCCAGUGACCCUUCAUGAACUUCAAUAAUUUUAGAAUCUGAACAUCCCCCUUCAUGUACUGUCCCUACCCCCCACACCCCAGUCCUGUCCGACAGAAGCUGCUUUCAUCACAUCAACACAUUUUCACCCACUCAUUCUCCCUGUCGUCAGCUUUUCUCCUUCACGGCUCAUCAUUAUCCAUCCCUUUAUCUGUCCAGAGAUAAUGGGAACUGCAGAUGCUGGAGAAUCCGAGAUAACAAAGUGUGGGGCUGGAUGAACACAGCAGGCCAAGCAGCAUCGUAGGAGCACAAAAGCUGACUUUUCGGGC